GCAUUCGCAGCAGAGCGCGACUCGUUCGUGCCGCCACAACACAACAGGAAAGCGUACCCGAAUGAAUGCAAGCUAAACAACCACCGGGUGUCAAUGUACCCAUUCCGAGGGCAGCUCUGCCCCCUGCUAGUAGUGUGAUCAACAUCAAUGGCGCGCAUCUCUGUCCCAACAACAGCGCAUUUGCCCUCGACACUGCGAGUCGACUCGACCAAUCCGGCCGCAGCAAGGAUCCUCGGCCGCCUCUCGCGGUCUUCUCUCAUCUCAGUUGCCCUUGACUGGCUGGAUGAGACCAAUUUGCCCCAAGCUCUGCCGUACCUGCGCCACGACGACGGGGAUGAAGAAGAUGAAGAAGGCGAUGAUGAGGAGGACGACUUCUACCCCCCGGCACGCUCUGCCGAAGAGCUGCGGGACAUGUACAACUCCCUGCUGGAGCGCAAGGGCUCAAAAAGGGAGGUCCUCGACCGCAUCACCGAGGGCGACUGGCGGCACGGCCUGACCCUGUAUCAGCUAGCCAUGGCCGACCUGCAAUAUCUCUACGACCACCCGACCUCUCAGCAAUGGUCCGCCUACCGCAUCGUGCCCCUCAAGCCGCCGCGCGACCCGGACGGUGAGGAACCGCCCCAAGUCGACAGGCAGUCUCUCACCAUCCCGCGAUUUCACCCCUCCACCUUCCUCAGGACGCUGCAGACCCAGGUCCUCCCCGACGUCAAAGCCCACUACAACUUUGACACCCACAAGUCCCUCCCCCUCCUGAUCCUGCGCAUCUUCAUCCUCGACUCACCCUACAACACCAACCAGGCCGUGCAGCAGACCACCACCACCACCACCACCAAGACCACCGCUUUCGAUUCCUCCCGAACAGUGUAUAUCGCCUUUCCCGACGCCUCUCCCCACCUCUUCAUCUCCAGGCCCCAAACCACCAGCAGCAGCCCCAGUCCCGGCGCAGCCGGCGCCGGCGCCGGCGGAGAAUCCCGGUCCCUGCGCAACCUCCUCGUCGAGGGCAUCCCCAAGGCCCUGUCGCGGCCCCUCCAACGCCAGCGCUUCACCCUGCAGUCCACCUCGCUCGUCACGCGCAACCUGGCCGAGCUGGUCGAGCGCCGCGGCAGCGGGCGCACCAACUUCGCCGGCGGCGGCUGGAGCAUCUACGCGGAGGGCGGAGAGGGGCGGGGGGCCAGGGGCAACAACAGGGAGACGCCGCUGGACCUGGUCCUGCCGAGCCCGCCGCUCUCGGAGCGGGACGAGGACGGCCUUGGGGGCGAGGAUGAUCCACGGGGAGGGAAGAGAAGCGGGGGAGAGAAGAGGGCUGCGCCGCUUCCGGUCGUGCUGACGGCGGAGGAGAGGAGGGAGGAGAGGGCCGCGAAACGGGCGAGGCUCGUCGCGAGGGCGCGGUUCGGGAGGACGGCGGUGAUGGGGGAUGGGAAGGGGGUGGAGAGGGUGGAUGUGGUGAUUGAGGACCCGUUUCCGGAGGUCGCCGCGAGACGGCGGGAUGGAGGCCCGGCUGAUGGGGAGGGUGCUGCCGCUGUGGGAAGGCGGCGGGGGAAGGGGGGGGGAGGAAGUCGGGCUGAUGCGGCCUCCAAGGGAGGGGGGAGGGUCGAUGACGCAGAUAGGAACGUGCAGCCGGAGGAGGAAGAGGGAGAGGAGCAGGAGGAGGGAGGUGCUCAGGGGUGGCGCCCACACGUCAGGCUGACCUUCCAUGGUUCGCACGUGUUCGCCGGCAUCAGACAGCUGGUCGAGUGUGGCAUCAUUGACGGCGAGCGCAUGCCAGGGUGGAUGACGGGCGAGGAAGGCGUGACAAUAGGCGCGGUCAGGAACGGGAGGAUACGAGGGCACAAGGGAUCCGGUGUCUAAGAGGCUGUCUGCAGGUCGGAAGUUGUGCAUGGAUCAGGCUUGUUUCUGGCUACUUAAUUAUGUAUGUAUAUGCGCACGAACGAACCCAUUACAACUCAAUGUUUGCCUCCAUACAUACGCGCCCACGAGCACGAAG